AUGUCUUCAUUUGGGAACAAUAAAGAAACACAAGUCCUGUGAUGCCAGGAGGACUAUCAGGAUCAGGAUUCAGUACAUCAACGCAGCACCCGUCCAGCGGAGACGCACAUGUGAAGCAGCGGAGUUUCCGUCUCCUCCAAUCAGGACGCCGUUUCACUCAGCCCUGUCCAAUGGGAAUAACGCGCGUGCAGGUGGCUGCGCUGUUAUCAACGGGUCCCGCUUCACUCUCAGCAUAGAGCGAGUCCAUUUAUGGAAAGACAGGCCGAGCCCUUAAUGGUUCCCAUCAAAACCACUAAAACCAUCAUCAGCCCGGCCGACUUCCGCGAGGAUUCCUGUGGCGGGCGCAUGCAGCUCUCUCCCAGCUGACAGACUGACACCAAAACAAACACGCGGAGAGACAUUUUUGGGGGUUGAACAAGCUCUUCACUUCCCAAGAGAGAAGAAGUUCAGCUUUCCUCAAGUUUUUCAACAUUCCCAGAGUCUGCUGCUUCUUUAUCCAGGAUACUGCCGGAGGAGGCGGCAGAAGUGGCCUGGCUCCAGAACAGCACCAGACCGCUCUGUGCCGUUAUCCACUCUGAUAUUAGUUUAAUUUAAUAUCCUGUUUUUAUCCGAGCGACUUUGGUGGUUCAUGUUCACAAAUGUUAGCUGUCGGGCAGAUGGAGGCUAACCGGCAGAGUGCUUUCGUCCUGGGCAGCACCCCGCUGGCGGCGUUGCACAACAUGACCGAGAUGAAGACGUCCCUGUUCCCGUACGCGCUGCAGCAGAGCCCGGCGGGCUUUAAGGCACCCCACCUCUCCAACCUCAGCUCUCAUUUAGCCGGGGCGACCCCUCACGGAAUAAGCGACAUCCUGGGGAGACCCGUCGCCACUGCGGGACAGCUGCUCUCCGGCUUCCCCAGGAUAAACGGCCUGGCCACCACCGCAGCCGCCGCCGCAGCAGCGGGGAUGUACUUCAGCCCGGCGGUGUCGCGGUACCCGAAGCCCCUGGCCGAGCUGCCGGGGAGGGCGCCCAUCUUCUGGCCCGGGGUGAUGCAGGGUUCUCCCUGGAGGGACCCGCGAGUUCCUUGUCCCACCCAAGCUAACUUAAUGAUGGACAAGGACGGCAAGAAGAAACACUCCAGACCCACUUUUUCAGGACAGCAGAUUUUUGCACUGGAAAAAACUUUCGAGCAGACGAAAUACCUGGCCGGCCCAGAGAGAGCCCGCCUGGCCUACUCAUUAGGAAUGACCGAGAGUCAAGUCAAGGUUUGGUUUCAGAACAGAAGAACCAAAUGGCGGAAGAGACACGCAGCAGAGAUGGCCACGGCCAAGAAGAAACACGACUCUGAGACGGAGAAGAUGAAGGAGAGCUCGGAUAACGAGGACGACGACGAAUACAACAAACCACUGGACCCAAAUUCAGACGACGAGAAAAUCACGAGACUGUUGAAAAAGCACAAGGCCACCAACCUGGCGCUGAUCAGCCCCUGCAGUAACAGUUCGGACACCUUGUGAUGCCCACAGCUUGGGGUGGGGGGCAAAGUAGGGGGGCCAAAGGGUCCAACAGAGACUUUGUCGCACUCUUUCCGACCCCCUUUCCACCUGACAUUAUGAACAUGCGUCCGAGGUGAUCGCAUUUUGUCUUGACAGAGCAAGAAAACGCGUAAAAAGCAAGAGACGCACUGAAGACGCGCUCACCAAAACGUGAAUCCAAAUCCACUUACAGACGCGUAUAAACGGAGAUAUGACUUCUGUCAGAACUGGACCAUCAGAAGACUCAUAAUGACAAGUUCAUGUCAGCUGAAAGGACAAAAAUAUUGGGACAGGAAAUUUGUUUUGGCGACGCAAUUCAGUUUUUACGCAUACAAGUGGAGUUUUAACAACGGGUGUAAAUGUAAACAAAAUAUUAUAUACACACAAUCUGGAUCAGUGUUGGGCUUAUCACACACACUCACACUAAUAGUGUGAAUCAUUACUCUUAUUACACGAGUAAUGCUACUCCACUCUGGCAGUGUAAUUCACACACUUGUUACAUUAUUUUCCAUUACACCUCUCCUUCAAUGAUUAGCAGCCUUUGUCACCUUACAGAGUCAUGAAGGUCGUUCAUUUCGCUCUGAAUGAGACUGCUGAAUGUUCUUAUUAAUUGAUGAUAUAAAUCUUAAGACUCAUAAUAUUUUCACUUGGAAGAAAAGUACAUAAUUGCCAGUCUUUUUUCUUUUUUUUUGCAGUAAAAGUGCACACAGUUUUUGGGCAGCUUAAAUCUGUUUUUUUGUUUUUUGUUUUUGGUGAAAACAAAGGCAACCACUUUUAUGUACAGGCUUCAUUUCUGAGGGAUGGUGGGUGAGAUUUUCAUCUAUGACUGUCUGCUUUUAUUGAAGCUGAUUUAUUAGCAGCCACAACACUGAUCCGGAUGUCAGACGCAUGUGUAAUAUGGCAGGUGUAAACGGGGCCUGUGAUGCUUUUAAAGCUCAGUUUAACCAGGGUAUCCACUGUCCUAAAAGGCGAGAGAAUAAAGAGGUGAGAGGAGGCGCAGGUGCUGCAGCCUGAAAAUGAAAAAUGUACGUCAGAUUGUAUUGUAUAUAUUUUUUACUGAAUAAGUUAUGUUGUUUGAACCAGUGGAAACGUGGCAGCCUUUUCUCCCCCGCAGCCCUGACGCGCUUAUUUCCCUCUCAAAUAUACCUGCUGCUUCCUUUUUAUUCCUGAUUGUCGCCCAUUUCUCCACGUUUUACAAUUCUCAGUUCAGUACCGGCACACAAAUGUAAAGACACAAACUGCUGUAAAUAAUCACUGUAAAAAAAACAACAAAAAAACAGCUUGUUUUAACGACAUGACAGUACACACUUUUCUUUGGUUUCAUUUGGAAGAGUUUUAUGUUUUUACCUCAUCAGACAGCGGAAUAGAAAACUGGACAUUGUUUAUGUUGCUAUUAAAGAGAGUAUUAUUGCUUCCGGGAAGGUUAUAGGAAGAAAAAACACUUUGUAUUAUGAAUAAAUUAUUUAACAAGCAUUUUAGUUUUAUUAUGGGUUUUGUUUUAAUGUAUGGGCUUAAUAUAAAUUAAAGAUAAAUUCAUGACUAUCA